UGCUGAAGCUGGGAUCUCAUUUCUCCCCAGGAGCUCUAGGGUAUGGAUGUAGGAAGGUGAGGAAGGGAGGCAGAUGGCGACAAAGAACAGCCCUAGCCCUAAGCCCAUGGGCACAGCCCAGGGCGACCCUGGAGAGGCAGGAACACUGCCAGCACCCGAGGCUGCUGGCAUCCGGGACACAGGUUCCACUCAACUGAAGACAAAACCCAAGAAAAUACGGAAGAUCAAGGCCCUGGUCAUUGACCUGGGUUCUCAGUACUGUAAAUGCGGCUAUGCAGGAGAGCCGAGGCCCACCUAUUUCAUCUCCUCAACCGUGGGCAAGCGCAGCGCUGAGAUGGCUGCGGAUGCUGGAGACAACUUCAAGGAGACAUACGUAGGCCAUGAGCUGCUCAACAUGGAGGCAUCUCUGAAGCUGGUUAACCCACUGAAGCACGGAGUUGUGGCGGACUGGGAUUGUAUCCAGAACAUCUGGGAGUACAUCUUCCACACCGCUAUGAAGAUCAUGCCUGAAGAGCAUGCGGUGCUGGUGUCCGACCCUCCGCUCAGCCCCACCAGCAACCGGGAGAAGUACGCUGAGCUCCUGUUCGAGACCUUCGGCAUCCCUGCCAUGCAUGUGACCUCCCAGGCGCUGCUGUCCAUCUAUUCAUAUGGCAAGACCUCCGGCUUGGUGGUGGAGAGCGGACACGGCGUGUCGCAUGUGGUGCCCAUCUCUGAAGGGGACCUGCUGCCGGGCCUGCCCAGCCGUGUAGACUAUGCGGGCUGCGACCUCACCAACUACCUCAUGCAGCUACUCAAUGAGGCAGGCCACAAGUUUUCAGACGACCACCUGCACAUCAUAGAACACAUCAAGAAGAAGUGCUGCUAUGCCGCGCUGCUGCCCGAGGAGGAGAUGAGCCUGGGCCUAGANGAGCUGCAGGUCGACUACGAGCUCCCAGAUGGGAAGAUCAUUACCAUCGGCCAGGAGCGCUUCCGCUGCUCUGAGAUGCUCUUCAAGCCCUCGCUGGUGGGUUGCACCCAGCCUGGCCUCCCCGAGCUCACCGCGACCUGCCUGGCCCGCUGCCAGGGCACUGGUUUCAAGGAG